CGUGUUUUGUUGCUGGCAGGCAUGACUUUCUAAACCGCUGUCUUGCUAGCACAGGAGCAUCUUUGCAAUUCGCAUGGAGCUUCCAGAACCGAUCAGAAGACGUUUAGGACACUUUUCCAGAACUGUGUUUGUUGAUCAGAGUCGUACUCAACCAUCUCCCCAAGAUCAUGUCACGUUUUUGGGGCACAACAGUGAGGUUGUCUCCAGCCUGCCUCUCCAGAUGUCACUGUUCUUCAACAUGUGUUUUUUCCCACUGUGGUGGAUCAGCGAGGUGGUGAUGCUGCACCUCAAGUAUCCAGCCCUUCCUGACUACUAUAAGUUCAUCCUCAUCACCAUCCUCAUCCUGAUGACUCUUGUAGAGGCUAUCAGACUCUACCUAGGCUAUGCAGGAAAUUUGCAAGAGAAGGUCCCUGAACUGGCUGGUUUCUGGCUCCUGAGUCUCCUGCUGCAGUUUCCUUUGAUUCUGUUUCAGCUCUUCAACCAAGCCAUUCUGAUCCAACCUCUGGAGAGAGGGGUUCACUUCAUUCUGGCCCUGUUCAUACUCACACAGGCCCUCUCUGGCUUUGUGGCUCUACGUGGGAUGGUCAGACACACAGAGAGCCACUUCCACCUCAGACAGUUUGAUGGGGUUCAGGAGCUGAGGGCAGCCUGACUGCUCUGCUGAGCUGACAUGCAGAGACAGAGGUAUUUCCUGAAGCAUCCAACAGGUGAACUGGAUUGCCUUAAACAACUGGAUUACACUGCUGUAUCACAUCCAAGAGAAACACAACCCAGCAUUGGAAAAGCUGGGGAAUCACUUGCUAUGUAAGAUACAAGGCUUACCAGCCCUAUUGCUCAUAGGUCAUUCCAAUGUGCCCAUGCCACAAACUCCACGCUUAACACUUUUUAAUCACAAAUGCAAUUUGAACUUUUAAGUAACCAUACAGCCAUACAGAUGAAGAGAAAAUAAGGAAUAGUUAAUAUUACUAACUAAGCUUAAAAUAGCUUUAGUCACUAUAUUGACCCAUUUUCCCUUUGUAGCAUGUCCAUAUUGUGGCUGUCAUCUUACAUAGCCUCCCGCCAGGGUCCUGCUCCUCAUCCUCCAUGUUGGAGUCAUUACUGUCAGGGGAGUUGGUGUCUGGGUGGAGGCAGCCGGGGUGGUGGAAAUCCUUCCAUCUCCUUUGGCUAGAGGUUGCCUUGGAAAUAAUUAUCUCUGCUUGAGGGGUGUAUGUAAACAUGUUAUUGUAUGUUAAAACUGGCUGUUAUGGCAAGAGUAGCAGUAGCACAAUCUCAUUUACCAUGUGAAAGUACUGUAUAAAAGGUCACAACGACAUCUUUGUUUGUUGGGGUAAGAUUGAUUCCCUUGAAUGGAUUAAUUUGCAGGAUAAAAUUGCAUGAUCAUUUGCCAGAGAGUGGAAUGCUGUAGGUCAGCAUCGUUCAGGUCUCACAAAGGGACAUUUCUGUAAACAAAUGAUGCAAGGCAAGCCUCUUGAGUUUCCAGUAAUUGUGUCAGGUUGCCAAGUGCCAACCUCCAGUAAA